AGUACUGUUGAUCAGCCAAGAAUUUCUGACUAUAAACAUAGAAAUGGUCAUCCAUUUCUUUAGAGGGAGAAACACAAGAAAGAGAGAGAAAUUCUUCACCUACAAAAAAAAAAAGAUUAAAAUCUUUUUUUUUUCAUUCAUAUAUCUGUCUCUUUGUGUAUUGAAUCUUGUUAAUGGAGGCUGGAGUGAGCAAUAAUAAUAAUAAUAAAAAUGAUGAGAAGGGGUUGCCGGCGGAGAGUGAUCAGAUAAUAAGAAAGUCAACGCCGGCGCCAUUUCUGGUGAAGACUUACACGGUGGUAGAAGAUCCGGCGACCGACGAGGUGAUAUCGUGGAACGGCAACGGGACGGCGUUUGUGGUUUGGCAGACGGCGGAAUUCGCUAAAGAUGUUUUGCCAAAGCUCUUUAAGCAUUGCAAUUUCUCAAGCUUUGUUCGCCAACUUAAUACUUAUGGAUUUCGAAAGGUGACGACAACAAGGUGGGAGUUUUACAAUGACAAAUUUCAAAAGGGUGAAAAGGAAAAGCUUUGCGAAAUACGAAGAAGAAAGACAUGGACCAACAAGCAACAACAAGAAGUUGAUGAAGAUCAAAGAUCCACCUCUUCAAACUCAUCAUCUUCCCAAUACAAUACUCUAAUGGAUGAGAACAAGAGGUUGAAGAAGGAAAAUGGUGCCUUAAGCUCAGAGCUUGCAACCAUGAAAAGUAAGUGCAAAGAACUUUUUGAUUUGGUAGCUAAGUAUCAAAAUGUUUCAAAGAAAGAAGAGAAAGAUGAGAGGCCAAAGUUAUUUGGUGUAAGGUUGGAAGAAGGAGAGAGAGAGAGGAAGAGAAAAAGGGCAGAAGAGAUUAGUGAAACUGCAACUUUUUUGCUAUCUCAAUCAUGCAAAUGAAGGCCAAGUGGAGAAGUCAAUUAUUAUUAGAUUUUAAGAAGGCUACUACAAAAUCAUGUAGCUUAUAUAAUUAUUAAACUAGGCAAUAGUGCAUUGUGAGGUAUAUAUUUGUAAAAAAAAACAAAUUGACUUUUUUUUCCCUUUAUAUUUGCAAAAGACUAAUAAAGGCUGAAAGGAUAACAAAAUGAUGGGCACAAGCUCCAUCUAUCAAUUUA